AACUUGUAUUAUUCAUAUCAACUAAUCCUUCAAGAUAUGGGAUCACCAACAAGAGAACUUCUUGAGACGGUAUUGACAUCAGUCUUGCCCAUGGCAUCUUUGGCAGCGGCCUCAACAGCGACAUCCGGCGGCCACAAUCACCAAAUUAUGGCCACACCAUCCACGGCAACCAACAGCAGUGCACACAGCGCCAGUGGACACACAGGAGCCACACCUGGGAGCAACACACCAGACUGCAAGAUCUCUAUGCUAUGGAACUGGCACACCAUCGACGCCUGCUUCAUCUCGACCGAGUGGCGCAUAACCAGCACAGCCAUGUUCGCCGGCUCCUGCAUCGGCAUCGUACUCCUCGUCGUGUGCCUUGAGGGCCUCCGUCGCUCCGUCAAGGAAUUCGACCGGCUGCUCGCCCGGCGGCAUGCCGCCUCCCCGGAGGCGGCCCUGCCGUUCCGCCCGAGCGCUCUGCAGCAGGGGGUGCGGGCCGCCCUCCACACCGCGCAGUUCGCGGUGGCCUACUUCAUAAUGCUGCUGGCCAUGUACUACAACGGAUACUUUAUCAUAUGUAUCUUUAUUGGUGCCUAUAUAGGCGCCAUGGCGUUCCAAUGGGAGACGUUUCCGGGAUGCGGGGAGGUGCAUGGCGGUAGGACGAGCGCGACCAAGGAGGCGACAGUUUGUUGCGGCUGA